UUUUAAUUUCUUUAUUUUCUUCUCAGUUCCUGUAAUACAAUAUAAUAUAAAAAACCCUAAUUAACCCAACUUUUCCUUUCUCUUAAGAAUUUUUUCCUCAAAAUCCCUAACCCUAACACUCAUCCCCCCAUUUCUGUUUCUCUGAUGGCGACGGCGGGUGAGGAGAGUAACCCCUACGACGGCGGACUAGGAGCUGGAGGAAAAUUUAGAAAACGGCCGUUUCGGAGGACAACAAAAACUACACCAUACGAUAGGCCGCCGACCUCAAUAAGGAACCCAAGCGGUACCGGCGACAGAAAUGGCUGGUUAUCGAGAUUGGUGGAUCCAGCGCGGAGACUUAUUACUUCUAGUGCCCAUAGGCUCUUCGCCUCCGUCUUUACGAAACGCCUCCCUCCUCCGCCGCCUCAGACACCACAAGCGCUGGAAUCUGGGACUAAUCAGGAACCAAGGGAGAAUCAACCAGAAGCAACUUCUAAAGUUCCUUCUGUUGUGCAAGGAGCCAUCAUAGGAUGUGAGAAUCCUGUUAAUCAUACUGAAGAAAGUGGAGUUGCUGAACUUGAGAAAAUUUUAAAGCAGAAGACAUUUACCAGAUCUGAAAUUGAUCAUUUGACGAGGUUACUAUGCUCAAGAAGUGCUGAUAUUCCUGGUGGAAAUGAAGAAAAGAGGCCUGAAUUGAUCUCAGUGGUAUCUCAUGACAAGAAAGAAGAAUUUCCAAAGACACCAGUUAGAGAACAUGUGACUGAGAACCAUCUUAUUUCAACACCUGUUGUCAGCUCAACUGUCAUUGAUGAUGUUGUUGCUUCACCUGCUGAGCUUGCAAAAGCUUACAUGGGUAAUAAGACGCCAAAAGUAUCUGCAUCAAGGCUUGGACUACAAAAUCAAGUGCCUAGGGGAGAUUUAACUUGUCCAAGCAAUAAAAAUUUCCCUUCUAUGUCUUCCACAAUGUCACUUGUGCCAAGAUCUUCUGGUCAUGUUGGUAAUCUUGGAAACAGUUUUGUGACCCCAAGAUUAAGGGGCAGGUCUGCAAUAUACAGCAUGGCACGGACACCUUAUUCCAGGGUUAACUCAUCAACUCUCCUCAAGAGUUCUGGCACUGCAAGUGAUGCUUUUGGUGGACCUUCAUCAUCAUCUCAGAGUGCUUGGGAGCAAAAGAGAAUUUCUGGCUCUACACAAGGGCAGGUUUUAAAGCGCAGGAGUUCAGUAUUAGACAAUGAUAUAGGAUCAGUUGGCCCUAUUCGGCGGAUUCGUCAAAAGUCCAACCUUCUUUCUUCAAGAAACUUAAGCUUACCUACUUCUGCCGGCCCAUCUGCUCGCAUAGCUGGCAAUAGUUCAGCUGCUCUAGAUACUCUGGCUGAGAAUGGGGAUAACAGCUCUCCUGGCACUAGUGUUACCACUGUUCCAUCCAAGUCCAGUCAGACUGCGUCAAAAAUUUUACAGCAAUUGGACAUGUUGGUAUCCCCAAGGGAAAAAUCACCAACUAAGUUGUCACCAUCUAUGCUACGUGGGCAGGCUCUUAAAAGCAUUGAGAAUGUAGAUUCUUCAAAAUUUCUGGAGAACAUGCAAGAUACUGACAAGUUGAGUGGUUCUUGCACUGCCCUUCCUGGUAUUUGUGAGUCUAUGUCAGGAAAGCAUGAUAAGGCUAAGGAAAAUGGCUCAACAAUGAUGGUUGCUCUUCCUAACAAGGCGGUUCCUGCAGUAAAUGGUGCAGAUAGUAAUAGUUUGAUGAAGGAUAAUAACAUGCCUAGUGUUAAAGCUUCUGAUUCCAGUGUGAUCAAGUCUAUUGUACCACAACCUCAACAAAAGAGUCGGGCUUUUCAGAUGAGUGCACAUGAGGAUUAUCUAGAUCUGGAUGAUGAUGACUAUCCUAAUGGAGCCACACCUGCCGAAGGGAGAGGGAGGUUGGAUAAUUGUCUCAUGGAGAGUAAGAGUGCAGCUCCUGAAGCUAUGAUAGAUAAGGCUUCUAGUCCUGAAGUUAUACCCAAUUCAAGUGCUGCAUUCAAUCAAAAACCUGAUUUGAAAACAUCUGAUGGACCCACAGGUGUUGAAAAGAAUGCUGGUAUUACUUCUCCAGUUGUAGAGGUGGCUAUUUCAUCUCUGCAGUCUCCACUUUUUGUAUCUUCGUCAACUCCCAUAGCCGAUAGAGACGUUGUCCCUUCACAGUCAAAUGCUCCUCAUAUGCUUAGCAUUGGGGAGAAAGUUGUGGAAGCAAAGCAAUCAAAUGGUGCUGUUACUUCAUUUGGCUUUGCCUCUACAAAUGUUGGUGAGGUUUCAUCAGUUACUGGAUCUUCAGGUAUUAAGCUUGCCACAAGUUCAGACCAAAAACCAGAGAACUUAAGCAGCUGUGCUACUACUGCUUCUGGUACAACCAAUUAUUUGUCAGAUAAAACUGAUAAGGAGAGCAAUCUGAAUGCCAUCUUCUGUAGUACACCUGAAACUGCAGUCACCUCUUCUGUAUCAACUUCAAUAUCAGCUGGAAGUAAGUUCAAGCUUGGUGCAUCUGCAGCAGAUGUUUCUACCUUUAAUAACGGGUCUUGUGCUUCUAGUCCUUUUUCAUUCUCUUCUCCGGUGCCUUCUCUAGUCCCGAGUAAUUGUCAAAGUUCCUCCAGUGCAACUGCCACCAAUAAUGACACUUCUGCUGCUACCAUCACCUCUGCAAGUGCGACUGCGAAUGCCAGCAUCAGCUUUACCAGCAGCCCCUCUGUGGAGGCUUCAAUCCCUUCUUUUACAGGUGCACCUGUUUUCAAGUUUUCAUCCUCUGGGGACCCAUCAACUUCAGUUUCAACAUUAUCAGCAACUUCAGGGGAAGCAACUGAAUCUAAGACACAGGAUACAAAACUUGGCAAUGUAGGUAUCUUUCCUUUUGGUAGUACAUCUGCUUUUACUGGCUCUGGAAGUAGUAUUUUUGGUGGUACAAGUGCUGCAAGCAGCUCUGCUGGUACAACAGCUGAAGUCGCAAACUCUGGAAAUAGCAGUUCCAGUGGUAUAUCUUCCACUAUUAUGAACUCUGGAAGUGGCUUUUUCAGCAGCACAUUUUCCCCAGUGACAAGCACAAGCAAUGGUAUCUUUGGUGGUUCAUCUGCAAGUACAAGCACAGGCAAUGGUAUCUUUGGUGGUACAUCUGCAACUACAAGCACGGGCACUGGUUUAUUUGGUGGUACAUCAGCAGCUACAAGCACAGGCAAUGGCAUCUUUGGUGGUACAUCUGCAACAAGCACAGGUAGUAGUAUUUUUGGUGGUACGUCUUUGCCAGUAUCUGGUACAGGAAGUAUUUUUUCCACUAAAGCUGCAGGCACGGCCACUGGAAGCAACGUCUUUGGAUUCAGUGCUCCAGCUACAUCCACAUCUACUUCACAGUCUCAGGGUUUAAAUCCUUUCAAUGCUGUAAAUACCCAAGCAUCUGCUGCAGGAACUGGCAUUGGUACCUCAAGUCAGAGCACGCCCAUUCAGUUUUCCUCAUCUGCAUCAUCUCCAUCCUUUGGAUUGGCUGGGAAUGCAACCUUUUCCUCUGGCAGUUCGAUUUUUGGGUCUUCGGCAACUGUAGCCAAACCUUUUAGUUCUGGUUCAAGUUUUGGAAUAAGUUCUUCCUCUUCAGAAACCAAGUCUCUGAGCUCUAGCAGUGGCAUUGCUGGUGGUGCGUUUGGUUCCACUUGGCAAGCUCCCAAGACACCCACAUUUGGUUCAUCAUCAGGAUUUUCUUUUGGAUCAUCAACUUCUGUUAGUGCUCCUAGUGGUGCAUCUUCUAUCUUUGGGUCAUCCACUGGUGCCUCUUCAAGUUCCAUAUUUUCAUUCACUUCCGCUGCAGCUGCCACUCCGUCACAGCCUGUGUUUGGUAAUACGAGUCCUGGCUUGGUGUUUGGGUCAACGCCCUCUAGUAAUAAUGAUCAAAUGGAAGAUAGUAUGGCGGAAGACACAGUUCAGGCUUCACCGGCUGUUGUGACAUUUAAUCAACAGCCAAUUUCACCACCCGCUUCUGGGUUCGUUUUUGGUGCAUCAAACCCACCAGCAGCAGGUUCUGUCCCAUUUGGAACCCAACCAAGCAUAGCCGCACCACAGAAUCCAUCUCCAUUUCUGGCUUCUGGUAGUCUGGAAUUUGUUGGUGGAGGGAGCUUCUCAUUGGGCACCAGUGGUGGUGACAAGUCUGCCAGAAAAUAUGUGAAGGUCCGCAAGCAGCGGAAGAAGUAAAAAGGUUUAAUUACUUGAGGCAACUCUUUCAUGUGAGGGACUCGAGUGAUUGAUUGAAUAAUUAUUGUGGCAGAUCAGAGGAGCUGCUGAUUGUUGCUGUAUGUUGUAGCUAUCAGAAUGUCAUUGAUGCCAGCACAAAUGAGAGGAGCUGUUAAAAAUGUUGCUGUUAUUUCAUCAUUUCUAUGGGCUGCUGGCAGAAGUUGGUCGCAAUUUUGUAUGUUCUUCCUGGUAAAAAUUCGAGACAACAUUUGGAACUGUACUAUUAGUAUUAGUUAGCUGAUAGAUUUUCUGGUUUGAGCUAUUGUGCUUUUGGCCUUGUUCUGUGUACCCUUAUAUGUAACAUAAAUCGAAUGAAAAAAGAAUCGAAGACUAUGGAAAUGGUUAUGAAUUUCAUUUUA